AUGGGCAUUGGGAAAUCCAAAGUCGAUCCCUGCUCGCUCGCUCUCUCCUGGGGUAAAAGCCACAGUGUGGAUACAAGCAAAAGAAGUCAUGGAUCAGAUUCCAAGGCCCCUAAAAAAAUCUCCUUGUGUGACACCUCUGAGCUCAGCACCACAACAGCAGGGCCACCAGGAGGCCAGGAGGGAUUGGGGGGCGUGGAAGACCCCCCCGGAGAGGAGGGGGAGGAGGUGUUCUUCAAAUUUGUGAUCCUGCACGCGGAAGAGGACACCAGAGAAGCCCUCCGAGUCCAGGACCUGCUGCAGAACGACUUUGGCAUCAGGCCUGGGAUAAUCUUUGCCGAGAUGCCAUGUGGCAGACAGCUUUUGCAGAAUUUAGAUGAUGCUGUGAAUGGAUCUGCCUGGACAAUUUUAUUGCUGACUGAAAACUUUUUACGAGACACCUGGUGUAAGUUCCAGUUCUACACGUCCCUGAUGAACUCUGUCAACAGGCAGCACAAAUACAACUCCGUCAUCCCCAUGCGGCCCCGCAGCAGCCCUCUGCCCCGAGAAAGGACCCCCUUCAUCCUGAGAACCAUCAAUGCCCUGGAAGAAGAGAGUCGCGGCUUUCAUACCCAAGUAGAAAGAAUUUUUCAGGAGUCUGUAUAUAGGACACAACAAAAUAUCUGGAAAGAGACCAGAAGUCAGGUGCAGCAGCACCAGCACGCCACUGCCUGA